GCGGGGCCUGCGCUGUCAGCUCUCCGCCGAAGAGGAAGCAGCGGGCGGCGUGCGGUGUGAGGGGCGGGACCGGGAGGCCUGCAGGGGGUCCGGCCAUGCGGGUUUGCCGGGGCGCUGGGCCGCCGGGGCCCGUGGUGGUGUCCGCCGCCUUGGUGCUUCUGCUGAGCGGCGUGGGACCUGCGCGCAGCUCCGAGGACAUCGUGGUGGGCUGCGGGGGCUUCGUCAAGUCGGACGUGGAGAUCAACUACUCGCUCAUCGAGAUAAAGUUGUACACCAAGCACGGGACUUUGAAAUACCAGACAGACUGUGCCCCGAACAAUGGCUACUUUAUGAUCCCCUUGUACGAUAAAGGAGAGGGAAUAGUGCUCCUGCAGACAUCUUUGUGUGUAUCCUUUGAGCCAACGAAUGUGGAGCUGUUCGUGGAUGGCGUCAGUGACAUAUGCACGAAGGGCGGGGACAUCAACUUCGUGUUCACGGGCUUCUCUGUGAAUGGAAAGGUUCUCAGCAAAGGGCAGCCCCUGGGCCCCGCUGGCGUUCAGGUGUCUCUGAGAAACACGGGGACCGAGGCGAAGAUCCAGUCCACAGUCACACAGCCCGGUGGAAAGUUUGCAUUUUUUAAAGUUCUUCCUGGAGAUUACGAAAUCCUUGCAACUCACCCAACCUGGGCAUUGAAAGAGGCGAGCACCAGCGUGCGCGUGACCAACUCCAAUGCCAACGCCGCCAGUCCCCUGAUCGUGGCUGGCUAUAACGUGUCCGGCUCAGUCCGCAGUGAUGGGGAGCCCAUGAAAGGGGUGAAGUUUCUUCUCUUUUCUUCUUUAAUCACCAAAGAGGACGUUCUAGGCUGUAACAUCUCCCCAGUGCCCGGCUUCCAGCCCCAAGACAAGAGCCUGGUGUAUUUGUGCCACGCGGUCUCCAAGGAAGAUGGCUCGUUUUCCUUUCGUUCCUUGCCAAGUGGGGCCUAUACUGUGGUCCCAUUCUACAGAGGGGAGAGGAUCACUUUUGACGUCGCUCCUUCCAGACUUGACUUUACAGUGGAACACGACAGCCUGAAAAUUGAGCCCGUGUUCCACGUCAUGGGAUUCUCUGUCACCGGGCGGGUCCUAAACGGGCACGAAGGAGAAGGUGUUCCCGAGGCAGUGGUCACUCUCAACAACCAAAUCAAAGUCAAAACCAAAGCUGACGGCUCAUUCCGCCUGGAGAACAUAACGACUGGCACCUACACCAUCCAUGCGCAGAAAGAGCACCUCUACUUUGAAACGGUCACAAUCAAAAUUGCACCUAACACACCGCAGCUGGCCGACAUCGUUGCCACGGGGUUCAGCGUGUGUGGCCAGAUAUCGAUCCUUCGCUUCCCGGACACUGUCAAGCAGAUGAGUAAAUACAAAGUUGUCCUCUCAUCUCAGGACAAGGACAAGUCUUUGGUCACUGUGGAGACGGAUGCUCACGGAUCAUUUUGUUUCAAAGCAAAACCAGGGACCUUCAAAGUCCAGGUGAUGGUCCCCGAGGCAGAGACCAGAGCGGGCCUGACGCUGAAACCCCAGACUUUCCCUCUCGUUGUGAAGGACAGGCCCGUGAUGGACGUGGCCUUUGUACAGUUUCUGGCAUCCAUUUCUGGGAAAGUCUCUUGUUUGGACACCUGUGGUGACCUGCUGGUGACCCUCCAGUCCCUGAGCCGCCAGGGCGAGAAGCGGAGCCUGCAGCUCUCCGGCAAGGUCAACUCGAUGACGUUCACGUUUGACAGUGUGCUCCCAGGAAAAUACAAAAUCAGCAUCACGCAUGAAGAUUGGUGCUGGAGGAACAAGAGUCUGGAGGUGGAAGUUCUGGAAGAAGACGUGUCAGCGAUUGAGUUUAGGCAGACGGGCUACAUGCUGAGAUGUUCCCUCUCUCACGCCAUCACGCUGGAAUUUUAUCAGGAUGGAAAUGGACCUGAGAACGUGGGGAUUUAUAACCUUUCCAAAGGAGUCAACCGCUUCUGCCUGUCCAAGCCUGGCGUGUACAAGGUGACCCCACGAUCCUGCCACCGGUUCGAGCAAGCGUUCUACACCUAUGACACGUCUUCACCCAGUAUCUUGACGUUGACAGCCAUUCGCCACCAUGUCCUUGGAACUGUCACCACUGACAAAAUGAUGGACGUUACUGUGACUAUCAAGUCUUCCAUUGACAGUGAACCCGCCUUGGUCUUAGGCCCCCUGAAGUCUGUGCAGGAGCUGCGGAGGGAACAGCAGCUGGCCGAGAUUGAGAGCCGCAGGCAGGAGCGGGAGAAGAACAGCAAGGAAGGGGGCGGAGAAGGAAGGACCAAGCCCCCCGUGCAAGAGAUGGUGGAUGAGCUACAAGGCCCCUUCUCCUACGACUUCUCCUACUGGGCCCGGUCUGGGGAGAAAAUCACGGUCACACCUUCGUCGAAAGAGCUGCUCUUCUAUCCCCCAUCCAUGGAAGCCACCGUCAGUGGAGAAAGCUGCCCAGGCAAGCUGAUUGAGAUCCACGGGAAAGCAGGCUUAUUCCUCGAAGGCCAGGUCCACCCAGAGCUGGAAGGAGUCGAGAUUGUCAUCAGUGAAAAGGGGGCAAGCUCGCCCCUGAUCACAGUGUUUACCGAUGACAAAGGUGCCUACAGUGUUGGGCCCCUGCACAGCGACCUGGAAUACACUGUGUCCUCCCAGAAGGAAGGCUACGUUUUGACGGCGGUGGAAGGAACCAUAGGAGACUUUAAGGCUUAUGCCCUGGCAGGUGUAAUCUUUGAGAUAAAAGCUGAAGAUGACCAGCCCCUCCCUGGGGUCCUCUUAUCCCUCAGUGGUGGCGUGUUUCGUUCCAACCUCUUGACUCAAGACAAUGGCAUUCUGACGUUCUCCAACCUGAGCCCUGGCCAGUAUUACUUCAAACCCAUGAUGAAAGAAUUCCGGUUUGAGCCAUCCUCCCAAAUGAUUGAGGUGCAGGAGGGUCAGAACUUGAAGAUCACCAUCACCGGGUACCGGACGGCCUACAGGUGAGCAGCCCCGGCCGCUGCCCUUUCUCUCUCUUCCAGGCCCGGGCGACAGAGUCCCACUCACGCUUCUGUUCGCUAUGACAAGCCUCUUUCUGGAGAAGUGACGCCUGGGUUUCCUUUGCAGCCGGGGUGUGUGUAUCACGUUCAGCUCAAGGCAGAAGGCAACGACCACAUAGAGCGGGCCCUCCCCCACCACCGGGUGAUUGCGGUCGGGAAUAACGACAUCGACGAUGUGAACAUCAUUGUUUUCCGGCAGAUUAAUCAAUUCGACUUGAGUGGAAACGUGAUCACUUCUUCCGAGUAUCUUCCAACAUUAUGGGUGAAGCUUUACAAAAGUGAAAACCUCGACAACCCGAUUCAGACGGUUUCCCUCGGCCAGUCCCUGUUCUUCCACUUCCCGCCUCUGCUCAGAGAUGGCCAGAAUUACGUGGUGCUCCUGGAUUCCACGCUCCCCAGAUCCCAGUAUGACUACGUCUUGCCUCAAGUUUCUUUCACCGCCGUGGGCUACCAUAAGCACAUCACCUUGAUUUUUAAUCCCACGAGGAAGCUGCCUGAGCAAGACAUCGCACAGGGUUCCUACAUCGCCCUGCCUCUUACGCUGCUUGUCUUGUUGGCCGGCUACAACCACGAUAAGCUCAUUCCUUUGCUGUUGCAGCUGACAAGUCGACUGCAGGGCGUCCGGGCUCUUGGCCAAACAGCCUCUGACAGUAGUGGCCCAGAAGAUGCAAAGAGACAAGCCAAGAAACAGAAGACAAGGCGGACGUGAGGAGGAGGAGGGGCAGUGAAGCCUCACUUGGGGACAGGCCACAGCCAAGGGGCCCUGGCCGUCGCUGGCACGAAAGUCUGCAUCUGACUGACUUCAGCGCCUGCUCUGUGCCCCGGGCGCCUCUGCCGGCCGGCAUGUCCUCCCCUUGUCCGGCCCCUCGGUGCAAUGCAUUGAAUGGACCCUCCUGUCUGUCACUCUGCUGAGCACAAUUUAUUUUCUGAGUUGAAGAUAAUUUAUUAUUAUUAUUUUUGUCAAAGAGGUAUUUAAGCUGUGCUGGUGGUAUGAGCAUUCAUUUGCAGGAAGAAUUCCAGUUAACGGGUUGAGGGGGGGUUCCCAUCGCGAAGUACCUGUUGGAGUUCCCUUCUCCCUUCAUGUCCCUUUGCAUCCAAGGUCCCUGCUGGACACCGCACAACGUGUAUCUGCCACCAGGAGGGUAUGUUAGGAGGUAAAAAUCAAUAAAAUUACCCGUUCAUUUGUGUUGUA